ACAAUGGAUCACACACAACCCCAAGAGAAUUAUUGACUCUGCAGUUCCCCUCAGCUCGAUGAAACUGUUUAGGAUCUUUCAGCUCAUUGUUAUGGGUUUUAUAGCCUGAAACAUUCUCACCGCUCAAAUAGCUUUUGGUUGCAGCAGACAGCUGUUUUGCUACCUGCUCGGCAUCAAACACCAGACAGACACAAUUAGCAACUAUCCGGUGAACAAAGUGCAACAUUUAGCAGCUAAAGAGCCAGAUUUUCUCCCAGAAGUUACAAGAGACAAAGCCAAGUAAAUGAAAAAUGAAUAUCAUGACAUGGCCAGAAACAUGACUGUAAUGAAUGCUCCUCCGUUUCUGUUGGAUGUGUAAACAGACAGCUGUUGGUGUCAGUGAUGUGUUCACAGCUCGUUCACAGCUUCCACUGCACAAAACUGUCCAAGAAUUCUGCUAUUGCAGGUUUGAGCUUUCCUUUAUAUUUAUACUUGUAAUAUCUGUACACUGUACAGUAUAUAAACAAACCAUAGUGAGGGACAAGCAGUAUCAGAGCAACAUACUACAAAAUAGAGGUACUUAAGAAAAUCAUAAAGUUUGCAAUAGGUUAUUGACUCAUGAGGCAUAAACAUUUGUGCCAAAAAAGUGGUGUAAUGUAUAAAGAAUUGUACAGACUGUUUCAUUUGUCCCUGUGGUUUUCCAAUAUGCCAGCGUUUGUUUUUGCAGUAAGAGGCAGGUCAGCAGCGGAACAAAUAUGGAGAGCGAGUUUAUUUGCUUCAGAGUUUGUAGGCCAUGUUGAUGGGCCCUAGUUGCCUGCCAAAUGUCUCAUCUGACCGGCAUGGAGGUUUGUUGCUCUCUUCCAGAAACACAGUGGACCGCUCUUCAUUAAAAAAGCAAAUAGAAAGACACCCCAACAGAAAACCAAUACAAGCAAACAGAGCCAACUGGUUCUUAAGAGACAAAUUUAGACAGAUAUGAUUACCUCAGACACCACUUCUCCCGCGAUUCCACAAACAACAGUUAGGCAAGUCAAUUUACCCUAAUUUCAUUGGAGGAGAAAGCCAGCCAGGUUGAAACCGGUGCUUGAUGCAAGUGAGUGCUCGUUAGAUGAUAAUGGAUGCGUGUAAUUGGCAAAGUGCUGAUUGCCUCCCCCCCUCCAAAAAAAGAUUCCAUCGGAGGAAAAUUUUCUGUUUCAUUAAGCCAUGGUCAGAAAUAAUAAGAUAGCCAUCUGUAGACUGAGUGAGAAAAAGAGAGGGGUGGGGUGGGUGAUGCAGUGUGGAAAGUGCUCAUGAUCGGAAAUGGUAGCAGCAACUUCUACUGUACUACUACUGUUCUACUUCUACUGUGGUACUGUCAGCGAUUACUGUAAAGGUGAUAAUAACUAAGAGACAGGUUGUGGCUUCUGGGAGGUGUCCUUCUCAUUUCUCUUGUCUUCUUUUGUCAGAUGUCAUGUAUUUCUGUUGAUCUUCACUCAUCACUCCUAACUGUUUUGUUUUCCUUCACACAGGCUCAAUCUAUGUGUUUUUCUUUCUGACGUGUGUGUGUCUGUCUUCUUGGUUUACAGACUUAAUAUAUCACUGACUGGCUGCACACCAACUGGCUUUUAUGGCUUGGGAUCAAACACUGUAAAGCAUGCUCCGAUAGGCAUGCAAACGCACACUGAUACAGACACUUACGAUACAAGUGCUUACUCAUCUCACCGCAUGGAGGAGAGGCAUUGUGAGUCGUUUAUGUGCUUUGCUUUUCAAUGCCCUGAUUACCGAGAAGUGCGUGGUCUCCAAGCUCAUAUUUUUGUGCCCCUCUCUCUCACUAUGUGAGGACAUCUUCCUCAUUUAUUUGUGACAAUAGAAAAAGAACAUGACUCAUCCAAGAUAAGACUGAUGAAGAGUGUGGGUCUUAUGGGCCAGAAAAUGAAGGCAGUAAAGGCAGUUUCUAUAGAGGAAGGUCUGGUAGCAGUGUGUGUGAGGGAAAAGCCCACUGUCAUUUCCAAUCAGCUGCAAGUUCUGCAUGACUAAUGCUGAAAUGACAUAUAUCAUUGUCAGAUAGGGCAUGUUCACACAGCUGCUUUUUUUAAUGCACAUACGCAGAAUGACAGCCUCACACACGCACACACACACAAGAGCACACUAGCUCACUCUUAUCUUGCUGGCUGACACCAUUUUGCUCUCUAACAAUCUUGCUAAUUAUAAUUGUUAAUUAAUUCUCUGCCAGUGUCCUCAUCAGGAGACUAAUAACCUACAUUUCCAUUAAUUAGACCUUCAACCCUUCGCUCCCUCUCUCAGUCUCUCCGUCCCACUCCAAUCCACCCCUUCGUCCUCUGCCUGCCUGCGUCCCUGCUCCAGCCUGCUGCCAGCCUCUCCAAGAUUGUACACAGACCAGUGCACACGUGGAGUGUGAUCACUUGUGUGUGUGUGCAUAUGGACACUUGUGUUACUCACAUUGCAGUGACACUGUUACUUUAAGGCUAAUUUAGGGACAAAAAGCUGGUCCCAAGAGGGGAGGGCAUUGAGUUUAAGGGUUAAAGGGAUAGUUUAACAUUUUGGGAACUUCAACUCUUGUUGAGAGUUAGAGGGGAGGAUUGUUCAUUCCAUGGUUUCUCCAGUAAAUUGCGUAUGGAGCCAUCAGGGUUCUUUAACAAUAAUUAAAGUAUGAAAAUCUGCCUACUGGCACCCACAAAAGCCCAUUAACAUUGUCCAUAAUAGUCCUAGUCUGCUUGUUGCCUGGCAACUGGUCCUAAUCAAAUACAACCCCCUCCCCCCAAAAAGCAAAAAAUUGCAAAUUGUUGUUUUUACACUUUGCUUUUUGUUCUUGCUAAUGUGUGAGAUAUAAAGAUGCUGGUUGGUGUUUGGUCAAAAUCAGGUUAGCUGUUCCCCUUGUUUCUAGUCUUCAUGCUAAGCUAAGCUAACCAGCUGCUCUUUUCAGCUGCAUAUAUGUGCUACAGAUGUGAGCACUGAUGUCAAUUUUCUGACUCCACACAAGAACGCGAGUAAGUGUAAUAAAAGUCAAACUAUUCCUUUAAGAUUUUAUGUCUCGUGAAUGAUUAUAAGGCAAUACUCUGUCCUCCCAUGUGACCAAACAAGGUUGUGUGUGUGUUUGUGUGUGUUUGUGUGUGUGCCCUUGACAGUAUGUGGGCAAUCAAUGGACAAACAGUCCCUCUCUCUUGGAAACUACUCCCCAUCAGGCUCAGUUGACCUGGUUUCAGCGCACUGUGGAGCGCUGUUAUCAUGCCACCACUUGCUCUGAUCUCAGAGAAAACUGUGAAUGCUGUGAACAUACUGUUAACUGCACUGUUGCAGAAAAGAUUAACACAGCUGUUUAUUUCACAGGCCUGCUGAUCCUCCUGUCAUCUGGAUCUACAGCAAAGUCCUUAACUUUUAACAGUUUAUUUUCAGUUUUAGUUAUGCUUAUCUGUCCAUUUCUUGGACUCUCCACUCUGUGCUCUUUUCUUUCAGACUGGAUACUUUCCUCUCUCAGUCUGGCACUAGAGGAAGUGAGGGACAGUUGGCGCUCGCUUGUUCAUACUGUAUUGGGGGUGGCAAAAUGGCAGCUUCUGUCUCAUCCGUUUUCCUUCCUCUACCUCCCUCACCCUCUCCUGAGAAAAGUAACCCAGAUUUCAAAAUGAAUCGCUGCCUAUUCCCCUCAAUCUGUCUCCUCUCUCUCUCUCUCUCUCUCUCUCUCUCUUACUCUCUCACUCUUUCUCUCUCACUCUUUCUCUCUUCUUCUCUCUCUCUUUCUCUUUCUCUAUCUUUCGUCCUCUCCUUAGUAAAAAGAGAAUCAAUCUUGGAAAGAGAAUACCACCUCUCUAUCUCGUCCUCCUCCUCACCCUGCCUCUGGGUUAACGGAUAUAUACCACUUCAGUCCUCUGUCUUUGGUUCCUAGAAAGCUCGAAUAUCUCAAAACGUUUGUUGCUUUUGGUUUUUGUUGUAAUAGGUUUUUCCUUAUAUUUCUUUUUCUUUUUUUUGUCAAUUCUUUUCUACCACUGCACUGCUUCUCUUGGUUUCUCUGUCUUUUCUUUCCAUUUUUGCCUGUUUUGAGGUGGCGAGCUACAGGUGUGACACCUUAGCCCUUCUUUUGAAGUGAGCCAAACGAAGAGGAGCGAAGCGAAGGGGGAGCGGACGAGAAGAAAGCUGUCCUGUAGUCGAGCCUUUCCUCCAAAUUCUCGACAAAUUCAGGCAUCAUGUCCACCCCAGUCUCCCCUUCCCCCUCCCUUUCCCCAUUGACACUGGCCUCCCCUACAUCAGCAACCUCCCCCGGUGCCUCUCCUCUGCCCUCUCCCCUCUCCCCUCCACCCAGGGUGCCUGUAUUCCAGAGGAAGGGAGCACUCAAACACAAGAGGAUUGUUGAGGUGAAAGACCAUCAGUUCACGGCCCGUUUCUUCAAACAGCCCACCUUCUGCAGCCACUGCACUGACUUCAUCUGGGGCAUUGGCAAACAGGGAUUCCAGUGUCAAGUUUGCAGUUUUGUGGUCCACAAAAGAUGUCACGAGUUUGUGACCUUCACUUGUCCUGGUUCUGUGACGGGUCCCAAACCAGAUGACCUGAAGAGUCGACACACAUUUAAGCUCCAAACUUACUCGAGUCCCACCUUCUGCGACCACUGUGGCUCGUUGCUGUACGGCCUCAUACACCAGGGCAUGAAAUGUUCCAGUUGUGACAUGAACGUCCAUCGACGGUGUGAGUCCAGUGUUCCCAGUCUCUGUGGCCAAGACCAUACAGAGAAGAGAGGCAGGAUCCACCUCACCGUCAGAGGGGAGUCUGAGGAUGUCUUUGUCACAGUGCGGGAGGCUCGUAACCUGAUGCCCAUGGAUCCAAACGGCCUGUCGGACCCGUAUGUUAAACUGAAAUUGAUUCCAGACCCCAAGAGCCACAGCAAACAAAAGACCAAGACCAUCCGCUCCACACUCAAUCCCGUCUGGAAUGAGAGUUUCACCUUCUCAGUGCGCGGCCACCAGUGGGACAGGCGGCUGUCUGUGGAGGUGUGGGACUGGGACCGCACAUCCAGGAACGACUUCAUGGGUGCACUGUCAUUUGGAGUGAGUGAGAUCUUCAGGCGUCCCAUCAGUGGCUGGUUCAAACUGCUGGCCCAAGAUGAGGGAGAGUACUACAAUAUCCCUGUGCCAGACCCAGACCUGCAGGAACCUCAGCCAGAUGCAACAACUCCCUCUCUGCCCCAAGGAAUACCUGUCCUGCUGUCGCCUGCAGCCCUGUCCCCGACCCCUGCACCAUCCUGUCCUCCUGUCCACGCCCCAGGCCCUGCCAAAGUCAGAAUGGGCAUCCAUGAUUUCAACUUCCUCAUGGUGCUGGGCAAAGGCAGCUUUGGCAAGGUGCUGCUGGCAGAGGAGCGAGGCAGCGAGCGUCUGUUUGCAGUCAAAGUGUUGAAGAAAGACGUUCUCUUCCAGGAUGAGGACACGGAGAGCGCCCUGGUGGAGAGGAGGGUCCUUGCACUUCCCUCUCGCCCUCACUUCCUCACAUCGCUCUACUGCGCUUUCCAGACUGAGGACCGGCUGUAUUAUGUGAUGGAAUACGUCAACGGAGGAGACCUGAUGUUUCACAUUCAGAUAGUUGGCAAGUUCAAAGAGCCUCAUGCAUCGUUUUAUGCAGCUGAGAUAGCAGUCGGCCUCUUCUUCCUCCACAGCAAAGGCAUCAUCUACAGGGAUCUAAAGCUGGACAAUGUGCUGCUUGACAGCGAGGGCCACAUAAAAAUAGCUGACUUUGGGAUGUGCAGGGAGGGCAUGUUUAAGGGCGACACCACACGUACCUUCUGUGGCACCCCUGACUACAUCGCCCCAGAGAUUGUGGCAUAUCAGCCCUAUGAUAAAGCAGUAGACUGGUGGUCCUAUGGAGUACUGCUGUAUGAAAUGCUGGCAGGACAGCCACCAUUUGACGGUAUUGACGAGGAGGAGCUGUUUCAGUCCAUCAUGGAGCAGAGUGUCUCGUACCCGAAAAGUCUGUCUCGUGAAGCUGUCGCUAUCUGCAAGGGCCUCCUGACGAAGCACCCGGCCAAGCGUCUGGGUGGAGGAGAGGAAGCAGAGAGAGAGAUCAGGGAACAUCCGUUCUUCCGCUGGAUUGACUGGGACCGUCUGGAGAGACUGGAGAUCCAGCCGCCCUUCAAACCCAGAACUGGGGGGAAAAAGGGUGAAAAUUUUGACAAGUUCUUCACAGCAGCUCCAUCAGCGCUCACGCCCUCUGACCCGGAUAUAUUAGCAGUUAUGAACCAGGAAGACUUCCAGGGCUUCUCCUUCACAAACCCAGACUUUGCCCCAUCGCCUCUCACUGCUGUUUGAAAAUGGCUCCCAAACCUGCUCCCACAGACCUCAAGUGUACCCGAACCGCCCCGUUAUCCCACUAAUAGUAGAUUUAUAACAGAAUUUGAACAUGAGAACAAGCAUUAUUAAAGACACCUCUCAUAACCAAAUUCUGAGGUUUACAUAACGACGCCAAGACACCUUGAUAUCCGUGCACCCUCUCUGAUGUAUGUAUUUUAUCUUGUUGUUCACAGAACAUGUUGCAGCAAUGCAGAUGAAGCCAGUAUUAUACUGUAGAUUUCCAUCUUAGAGUUUUUUGCAAGACACCCCUUAACUUGAUGUAAGAGUACUGUAGUAUGAACCUGAUAAAUGAAUCUCUUUGCAUGCAGUGUUUUUCGAAUGAAGUGCUUUGACACAUGAGUUUUCUAUAGUAUAGAUUACCCAGGAAAAUAUACUUGUAUAACUGUACAACCAGUUCAUUUAACACGUUCUCCAUUAUUGUGAGUAGAAGCAUUUUGUGUCGUGAGAAAACACUUCAAAGCCAGGUUUUCUCUCAUACAGCUGCACGGGCCACAUAGUAGGCAAAACACAUCACUUUGCAGCUCUUACACACAAAUAAAAAUAAAAAUCUUUCCUAGCAGGUAUAUUUCAGUGGAUUGUUAUGUUUAUACGCAGCACAGUGAUUCAGCGUCACAGGCACUAUAAAGUGUCUUUCUAAGUAUCAAUUUUACUCCAGUGGUGUGAGUGUUUGACUGUGGUGCAAACUGAGGGCCCUGGCCGACCUUUCAGUUUUACGUCACACCAGUAACCUCAGAUGACCAGUUCAUGUGAGAGUAAAUACAGGCUACAGUGCUGCCCCCCACCCCCACCCCCACCCUCAGCUCAUGCCCACUUUGCCCGGCUCUGUUAUCACUGGGAGGCACCCCUCACAUUAUUACCACCGUUUACGCUGCGUCAUUUCUUUUUUAAAACCUUGUGUGAUUUUUUUUUUCUGCGUGUUUGUCCUCUAUUAAUCCUGAGCAGGCUGUGGAAUUAGGCUCGUCUGUAUUGCAAUAUACAGUAUCUGUGCCCCUUAAUGACAUCCUACAGCUGCACUGAAAUAUGUGUUUGCAGUCUUUGAAAAUACGCCUCUUAAUGAUGUUUUCUCCAGCUGAAACAAGAAGCUCGUACAGACACUUGAUUGGUGGAUGCUGUAAAGUUUUUUGCUGUGUAAUGACGUAUUAGUGGCAUUGAUUUGGUGUAAUUAAAAGUGAGGCUCAGUGGGAGUGUUCAAUAUGUGGAAAAAUAUUAGCAGUGCUGUCAUUAAACAUUAUCUGAGCUGGGCAGGUGGCUGCAAGCAUAAAGCUUAAUAAUCCCAUUUCAGUGCUCUUAUCUACCAAGCCAGCUGGUCAUUUCGCAUUGGUUUGAUUUUCUUUAAAGUAUCUUUAUGAUUUUUUCUUUCUAAUAAUUACAACAAUUUUUCAUUCAGAGGGGCAAAAUCGUGCAGAUUUGCUUGAAGUGCAUGUGUGUUUGUGUUUGUCCCUUUAGUAGUGGCCGACUGUAAAAGGUCAAAGCAGUUCAUCUGAUUACAGCUCAGUUUGAAUGCAGGUCAAAUAUCACAACACCAUAGAUAGUACAAUCAAUAAUAGAUAAUGCAAUACAAUUACGUAUCUGUUAGUUGAGUUAUUGUCUGUUAUUUUAUGUGCUGGAAAUAAAGUAACUGAAAAACAU